AUGCGUGCCCAAAUGAUCACCUCCCUCCUCCGCGCUCGCCCCGUUGCCCGGCGGAUUGCUCCCACUUUUGCGCGCGCAUCCAGCGGCCAGGUCCACGAAGAGACAUUCGAGUCCUUUACUGAACGCUACGUCACGUUCUUCCAGCAAGCCCAGGACCUUUUCGAAGUCCAGCGAGGGCUCAACAACUGUUUUGCGCACGACCUUGUUCCCGCGCCUUCAGUCAUCGAGGCUGCCGUGCGCGCUGCACGCCGCGUGAACGACUACGCAACCGCUGUCCGGGUGUUCGAGGGUAUCAAGGAGAAGGUAGAGAACAAGCAGCAGUAUCAAGCGUACCUGGAUGAACUCAAACCUGUGAGGGAAGAGUUGGAUGAACGCCUCCUCGCAGCUGCGCGUAGCGACAAUGAAGAACUCGUUCUCGAAGUCUUUGAGCAGGAGGGCACAUUCAACAUUAAUUUUCAAGAUGGACUAGGCAAUACAGCUCUACACUACGCCGCAUCACACGGUAGCACGGGUGUGCUUGAGUACAUCCUCUCGCACGAAGAAUGCGACGUGGACCUAACCAACCGUCUCGAAGGUGCAACGCCGCUGCAUCUUGCGCUUCGCCUGGGCGACCCUGAGAUUAGGGUACUUGUUGUGGAGAGUCUGCUUGAUGCGGGGGCGAAUACGAUGAUCAAGAACAAGCAUGGGCAGACUGCGCUUAGUCUCUUGGGCCCCAACGAUACAGAAAUUCGUACGCUGAUGCGAAAAGCACAAGCAGAGGCAAAUGUAUCACGCGACGACAUCGCAGAUGACGAUGAUGACGAAGACGGCUCCGGGUCUGGUUCCGGCUCAGACGAAGACUGA